UUUAAUUUGUAGUUCAAAUUCGUCAGUGAAAUCGUCAACUUCGUAAACAAUUUCAAAUUUAACUGUCAAGCAUUUACAAGUUGAUUUGUUUUUAAUUAAUUUUCGUCGUUUAACAAGACAAUUAGGAUGUCUUACAAUAACGAAGAUUUACUAAAAUUAAUAGAACUCCAUAAGCAGUAUAUUUACAAUGAUAAACGAAGGUUAGGAUGCUUGCAAGACACUGGGGUACAGCACAGUGAAUUUGGUAAUGAAAAUUUGUGCGAAACCAAGUCAGAAGUACAAAAUUUUGUAUCAAAAUCCGAAGAAACUAAGCAAUAUCCGGACAAUAGUAUAAAUAAGGACAAUGAAGUCGGUCAGAAUUUUCCAUUAGUGGAACAGCUUGAUUUAAGUAGUUGCAAUGGUUCAUUAGCAAAGGAUAAGCAGGCUUUUAUUGAUAAAAUUGCAAAUUCGGAAAAUCCAUUAUCCUUUCGAUCGGAUGCUGGUAGCGGCAACGCAAUGCUGCGUUAUGGUGAAUUUAGUCCCAACAAUCCUCAAUUGAGAGUAGCGGCGGCACCUUACCUUGGCCUUGGGGAGUACGAACAGAGGAGGGCUCUUAUUUCUAAGCAACGCCAAGCUGAUUAUAAUGCACACAUUUCUCAGAAGAAUGACUUGAUAAAGAGCAAAGUCGACAACUUUUUUGUUGAGACGCUGCCUUCAAAGCAUAAAAGUUACAACAAAGCCGUUCAGACAGACAUCCAGAACAUACACCAUAAAUUAGUGCAAUAUGAGUUACGUUCACAUAAUCCACCGGAAAAAGAAUUGAGUCCUCAACCGGUUUUCACUGCGAAUAAUACGAUGCACAGCAAUCGCAGUCCUAUUUUGAGUAGGUCGGAGCAUAGGUUUUCAUCUUCACAAAAUGUAAGGCCAGAAACCAGCAAACCUAAAAGUAUUUUGUCAUCGCGGAGGACGGAGUCAGUACGAGAUUACCAUUAUUCUUAUGUGCCAAGCAUUUUAGAUGGAUUCAGCUAUGAAGACCGAGCCGACCUUCUUGAAAAGGAACGUUUGAAACGAGAAGCCUAUCAGCUAGAAUUGAGACAGCAAAUAGAGGAAAAGAGGAGACUGGCAGCGUUAAGAGAUGAACAAGAUCGCCGAGAACAGGAGCUAGAAAAUAGGAGAUUUGAACAACAACUGUUGAAGAUGCAAGAAGAGCAGUAUAGAGAAGAUCAGUAUCGUACUCAAAAAAACCAAAUGUUUCGCAGGACAAGCGAAGAUUUGAAGAUGUAUAGAGACGACCAGUUAGACCGAUCGUUCAGGAAGCAUGCCGAUUCGGAGAGUAGCGUGACAAGCCUUCGAAAUACCAAAGUUGCCUCCAGACAAUUAUCCCAUUAUUCUCCCCCAGUGAGUCGUAGAGUACCAUACUCCUUUAACGUUCCCUCAACUUCCACAUUUGCCAAUCAUCCAAAUAGGUAUAAUAGUUCGUUCUACGAUAAUUAUAAGAAAGACAGUUUUACACGAAAAAACUUUUUUAGUAGAUCAGAAUCGGUAAAUCGUGACGAACCUCGGAGCCGUUCGAAUUCUUUUAACCGUUACGAAUCCGCUCUCAACCGUCAUGAAUCAUUAAGUAGAAUAGAUUCGUUACAACGACAAGAAUCGUUAAAUCGUUUGGACUCUUUAAGUAUUAAAGAUAGUAUAUGUAGAGUGCCUCGGCGGCAUAGUGCAACGCAACAAGAUUUCAGUUUAAUGAGAAGGAGCCCGAAAUCACAACGAAGUGAUAGAAGUAGCUGUAGUAGAUUGGACGAUCCGCUUCCGAUUCCUAUUCUAAAAGCACAUUCGCCGGUUGCCAAAGAUCUGAAGAAUUCUAUCGCGAUAGAUUCCAGUAAGCGGAGUACAGACACAGUUAGAAAGCUUGAGGAUCGUUGGCAGGUACCUGUUGUUCAAAGAAACAUAAUAACUCAUAGCGAUCCCAGGGAUGGGCAGGGACGAAGUAUUUUAACUCAGUUAGGUGCAAUACGCCUUCAGUUGCAAAAAGAACAACUUCGAAUGGACGAAACGUUAAGAAAACGUGGGAUUUCUCAACCUAAGGCUGUUUAAAUAUUGUAAUUAUUUUAUUAUUAUUAUUGCAUUUCUUCAAGUGUAAAGUUUACUAGUUAUUUAUAUUGUUAGAAUUUAUAUUUAUAUUAUAGAUUGAACAAUAAUAAUAAUACGAGUUGAUAUUAAAAUAUUUUACCUAUGUAUAUGAUAGUUAAUAAAUGACAAUUUUAUCGCUCUUUGG